AUGGAUCCAAAUGUUGCGAAAAAUCUGAGCUCGAUUCGGAAUAUCGACCCCUGUGCUGAGGCAAUACUCGACAAGACCACUCACACCGCACUCUACAGAUUCAACAAUAUUUCGAAGCAAUGGGAAAAAACGGACGUCGAUGGGUCAAUGUUCGUCUACGAACGAGUGGACGUGCCAUUUUACAGUCUUAUUAUUGCUAAUCGUCAGUCACUGAAUGAUAUGAUUGAACCGAUCACCGCACAAGUUCGAGUCACAAUCCAGAAGCCAUACCUCUUCUUCUGCAAAGCUGAUGGGGAGAUUCGGGGUUUCUGGUUUUACAAGAACGAAGAUUGCGACCGCAUCUUUUUGCUUUUGAAUCAAAUUAUCAGCGACCUUCAAGCCGGCAAAGAAAAAUGUACUUCCCUUCCCAAGAUGGUUAAUGCAACUCCCAGUCCAGCUCCUCCGCAAACUAGCGCCUUACCCACAGCAUUGCCAGCUAGCGAAAAUUCAUCUGUUAUGGAUAUAUUACAAAAGUUAAACAAGCCCAAGACCACGCCGGCUCCACAAAAACCAAGGAAUGAUGAUCAACCUGGUAGUUCUUUGAGCAUCGCUCCUCAAGGCGUGUCAAUUAUGCAGCAGAUUUUCGACUCAGGACGCCUUUCAGGAAGAGAAACCCCACCCUCGAAUGUUUCUGGAAUGCACGUUGCUGAUUUGGAAAAGCAAUUGAUCAAGCAAAAUGAAAAGAUAGCAAAAAUUCCUUCACCAACGAUGGGCGUAUCGGCUUCUGCGGCAAGCCUUAAAGCAUUUUCGACUCUAUCCGUACAUGGUAGCGAAGAUCAUUGUGCGUCAGAGAUUGAUUCAACCAGUCUUCAAGGCAUCGAAAUCGAAAGGGACACGGAUAUCCCACUGCUAGAUAAGGAACAAUUUCGGACAUCGCUUUUGCAUCUCCUUCAAAAUGAUGACUCCUUUGUUUCGGUCCUUCACCAAACAUACGUCGAGGCACUUCUUAAUCGUCUCAGUAUUAAUAAG